GGCAGUUCCGGUUCCUUCCCUCCAGAGAGGUAGGGGAGGGAAACAGAGGAGGCCGCGGGGGUUAAGGGAGGCGCUGGGGCUCGGGCCCGGUCUCAGCUGCUUUUCUCCCGGGGUAGAAGAAUACAUGUUUACUUUCAGUAUAGAAGAGCAUGUACCCAAAUUCUUCCAACUUUGGGCCUCCACCCCUUCCUGUAGAACACCAUCGAUAUGUUCCAGUGAACUUAUCUCCUGUUGGCAUUCACCAGCAGUUUCCCAGUACAGCAGCUCUGGUCAGUGGUAAUCUUGCAGACAUCCCACCUGUUUCACCACCACCCUUUGCCUAUAGGAAUGACUGCCCAGUACAUACAUCAGAUGCAUCUCCAUUAUUCAGAGGCAGAAAGAGGCUAAAAGAACAAAAUGUUUCUUAUGAAGUAAAGCGCCAGCGAUUUCAUUCACCUCAUCUUGAAUUAACUUCAGCUAACCGAGCAGUGCCUUUACUAGAAGAUCACAGGCGUUCAUUCCCUGGAUCAAUUUCUUCACCAUUUUUGCAAGCACACUACAUCUCUGAUUUGACAGGAUGUGUGCCACCCUUACAAGAAGCUUCAUUUCCGGAGCCCAUAAAAACUGCACUCCCUGUGGCCAAAGAUAAGUUAAGUCAACAGGUACUGGAGUUAUUUCAAGCAUGUCAACAACAAGUCUAUGAUUUGGACAAAAAAGAGCUUUGCCGAACACAACUCCAGAGGGAAAUUCAGCAGAUCUUUCCAGAUAGUAGACUAUUUUUGGUUGGAUCCUCACUAAAUGGCUUUGGUACACGUAGCAGUGAUGGUGACUUGUGUCUGGUGGUUAAAGAGGAACCAAUUAAUCAGAAGACUGAAGCAAGAUACAUACUUGGCUUACUCCAAAAACACUUCUGUAGGAAGCUUUCAAAUUACAUUGAGAGACCUCAGUUGAUCCGAGCAAAAGUGCCAAUAGUGAAGUUCAGGGACAAAAUCAGCCGUGUGGAGUUUGACUUGAAUGUAAACAAUGUUAUAGGAAUACGAAAUACAUUCCUUCUCAGAACCUAUGCAUACAUUGAGAGUCGAGUGCGCCCUUUAGUGUUGGUUGUAAAGAAGUGGGCAAGCUUUCAUGGCAUAAAAGAUGCCAGUCGAGGCACUUUAAGCAGCUAUAGUCUUGUGUUGAUGGUUUUGCACUAUUUACAAACCCUACCUGAACCUAUCCUUCCAUCCCUCCAAAAAAAUUACCCAGAAUCUUUUGAUCCUACUAUGCAGCUGCACCUUGUACAUCAGGCUCCAUGUACCAUUCCUCCUUAUUUUUCAAAAAAUGAAGCAACACUUGGAGAUCUGUUGCUGGGCUUCCUGAAAUAUUAUGCUACAGAGUUUGAUUGGAAUAAUCAGAUGAUUUCAGUUCGUGAAGCCAAGGCCAUUCCAAGACCUGAUGGCAUUGAAUGGAGAAACAAGUUCAUCUGUGUAGAAGAACCUUUUGAUCGAACGAACACUGCUAGGGCAGUUCAUGAAAAACAGAAGUUUGACAUGAUAAUUGACGAAUUUCAAAAGUCAUGGCAAAGACUGAGAGACAGGAAGGACUUGAACUGUAUACUACCUUUAAGAGCAACUAUACAGAAAAGAUGAUUGACUUUUAUCCUCUUGGACUGUUCUGAACUAAAAUACAAAAGAUAUUAUCAAAGCCCCGGGAUGCAGUUUUUCUCCCUUCCCUACUGCACUUUUUAAAAUAAAUGUUUUGUUAAGAUUUUGUUAAGGAAACUUUUGUAAGAUUUAAAAACUAUUUGUUCAGUUGAAAUUCAUUUGAAGGCAGACUUUCUGAAGCAGAUUGAAUCAGUGACCAAUAACGAGACUGCUGUAAUAAAUUUUUUUGCAAAUCUUUUGAAUUUUGAUUUUAUUGUUAAUGUCUGCAUUGCAGUGGUUGACUUGACCACAUUAAAUAUGAAAAUGUAAAACUGGCAAGUUUUGUAAUGUAUGACAGCUAGUGUCCUUCAAAAACUAGCAUAUGGCAUACACUUCCUUAAGAAUAAGUAGCCUCUGCUUUACAUCUGCUAAAUGCAAUAUGCACUUUGGCUGUACUUGGCUUUUUCCAUUUUUUCCCCUAGUUUUACAUCAAACAUCAGCUUUUAAACAAAAUAACAUAAGCAUAAAUAAAGCUCUUGAUCUGGCCUCAGUCUCAGUGAUCUGGUAAACACGAGCCUAGAUUGUACCACUUUAGACUACAGGUGAGCAUAGUGUAGAAAAGUUAGAUUUUUGCACUAGUAUUCCCAGAAUGCAUUACCUAACAUGACCAGUAGUAAUCAUAGCUGAAGAAUUCAGGGAGUUUUAAUCGAAAAAAGGAUUUUUUUCAAUCUCUGAAUACAGUCAGCCCUCGGUGUCCACAGGGUUCACCAUUGCCCAGAGGAGAGCAGAGAAGUUGGGGCUCCCCCUCCCUGCACUCACCAUUGCCCUCCUAUCAGGCAGUCCUGCACUGACAGCUCCCCGCCCGCCCACACAGCCCACCCACCCACCCCUUUGUCCCUAAUGGCAGUGCAGCCUCAUGCAUAUCUGUGGAUACUCAAAUCUGCGGGUGGCAAGCCCAUGGAUACUGAGGGCGGACUGUACAAGGGCUAGCAUGGUAGCAUGCUAGUCCAACAGCAAGGCUCCCUAAAUGUGGAAGACUAGUUUUCAAAGAAAGCUAGGUUGUAACGCUUUGGUUUUGCAUGGAAUGUUAUCCUGUGUAGAAGCAUCCCUUGUAUGUGUCUGACAUAGGUUUACCACCUCACUGAACAUUUAUGUAUCCCAGGAAUUAUAAAUUUAACUGGAAUUUUUAAGCAGCAGAGCUUCCACAGAGCAAUUGAACAGUUGAUGUUAGGCUGUUAUAACUUGUGACUUGCAAACCUGAGCACAGCAAAGUGCCACAGAACAUACAGGUUUGAUAAACCAUCUGUGUGUUCUGCCUAACCUGAUCUGUGCCCCUCCUAGAUGUUGUCAGGUACUUCACAUUCCUUAACAAAAGCCUGGCCAAUGGGACUGUGUUUGUGUGUACAGCUUGUCAUACAUGGUCAGCAGAAAUGUUUGGGUGGGUGGGGAUAUGGCAACCUACAGUGUGUAGUAAAGGAGUAAUAUUCAUUUCAGGCCAGUGGCAACUUUGAACGUUAAAAUAAAGCAAUGGGAGAAAAAUAAUGAACAAGAGUUCUGCUUCCUCUUAACUGUACUUCCAAUGUGUAAUACAUGAAACUGAAUGUGCAAAGGUGGUACUGUUGCUCAUACAUACCUGCCCCAAUUUUCCUGCACCAGAAUAAGUAUGAGGAAGUGUAAUUCUCUUGUACUUCUGCACUCCCAGCCCUCUGUUUUGUUGUAAGAUAUGGAGCCAUCCUGGUUUAGGCCCUGCCCUACAGUUUCCUUUCCAAAUGAAUAGUACUGAUAACUGCUAAAAAAAUAGCUGCUACUAUAAGCCAAGUUUUUCUUUUUUUUCUUUUCUUUUUU